AUGGGUGCCACAGGGUCAUUUUUCCAUCUCCCGGCCUUGCGCAAGCUGCAGCUUGAGGAUCUGAAAGAUCGCCGCAUGGCGGAGCGGUUCAUCUCGCAAGCACGGCUGAUCCGGCGUGGCCGGGCUGGCAAGACCGUCAUGGUGGAGGAGUUGAUGUCUGCCAACCAAAGUCUCCACGAUGACCUGAUCCGACUGAAAGACGAGCAAAGGCUGAGGGGGUUCCGGGAGACGGAGGGCAUGCAGGAUGACAUGGACGUGGGUACCAUGGAUCUUCAAAACGAUGGGGAAGAAGGCUCUGGAGGUGAGCUGCAGUCACGGGUCGCCGCCUUAGAGGCCGAGAGGAGGCAGCUCCAAAAGGAGCUCCGUGCCAGCCAAGACAAGGUUCUCCAGCAGUAG